AUGGAUACAGCAGUCAUGAGCUCAGGCAAAGCAAGAGCAAGCCCUUGGAGCUCGGUAUCAGCAUCCUUUCUGGAGCUAAAAGCGGAUCUUGAAAGGACUAAAGCUUCCUCCACCUCCUCCCCCAAUCCCACUUCUUCCUCAACAAAACGUAAAGCUCUCGCCUUCGACCGGGAGAAGCGAUCGAAGAAAGCCUCCUCUUCCUCCCAGCUCAAAGAUACAUCCUCUGCAUCUCGUAGGCCCCGAUACUACGAUACUGUUCAUGAAAAGCAGCGCAGCGACCGGAAGAAUUCCAAAAGCAAGGAAAAGGAAGGGAAAACAGAAGAUGUACCUUGGUCAACACAACUAGAUGGGAUAAAGGCAAAUCUGGAGCGUAAGGCAAGGAUAUACGAUCAGCUUUCAGCUGGCAAAUAUGCAGGAAUAUCCACAGAAGCGCUCAAAGAGGCAAGUAUCGAUUGGGAUCGGAAGCUGGCUGAUCCCCAACCCCAGCACUAUCGGUCACCAUCACCGCCAAAUUCACAGACGCUGGCGGGAUGCAGGGAGGAAGAAGAUCCAGAGAUAGAGUAUGUGGAUGAGUUUGGCAGGACGAGAAAGUCAAGGCUGAGUGAAGUGCCAAGAGAUCUCUUACCUGCCGAGUACGGUGGCGAUAAAGAGGAGGAAGAGGAGGAAGGGGAUAUUGCAAUUUAUGGCCCGGCGACGAGCUUCCCUGUUUAUGACCCCGGUGUGCAUAGGAGGCAUAGGGAGGAGAAGAAAAGGGAGAGAGAAAAGGAAGGCGUGCAUUUCGAUGCUGAUUUCGAGAAGAGGCAUUAUGGUGCUGCUUUCUAUAGGUUUUCCAAACAUGAAGGGGAGAGGCAAAGGCAAAUGGCCGAUCUGGGUCGGUUGAGGGAUGAAACUAGAGAAAGGCGAGGGGGGGAGAAAAAUCAAGAUGCGGAUCGAGGAAGAAGAUGA